CUGCUUUAUCCCCAACAAGCCUUAGCCGGACAGAGACUACUGCAGCUCUGUUACCAGUCACAGGAAAAUCGGAAUUACAGUGGGGAAAAAAAGUGACACAAGGCGCGGAGACGAGUUUGAGAGGUGUUUUCAGGCUGACGAGAGUCAGUGAGGAGCUGGGGGCGUCGCGCACAUGGAGACCUAACCGGACUGGGUCACACGGUGCUGACGCUGACCCUGCUGUCGUGUGUUCAACCCGGGAGGCAGGAGGCAGAAAAGAAACGCACGCUGGGAAUUUAACCACAUCAAGAAGCUGGCAACGAAAAACUGGUUUGGGCAUGGAAAACACCGGAUUCUGGGUAUUCCUGAUAACCUGCUUUAUUCCAGGAAUAAUCAGCCAGACUGUAGAGAUGGAUGAUGGAACGUGGGGGUAUGUUGGCUCAAAGGUGGAUCUCCGCUGUCGGUUCAUCAACAGCUCCCCACCAGUCAAAGUCUCCCAGGUAACUUGGCAGAAACUGGUUAAUGGCACUAAGCAGAACGUGGCGAUUGCCAAUCCAUCCCUGGGUGUGUCCGUGGCCCCGUCUUACAGGGACCGUGUCACCUUCAAGAAUGCAGCAGUGAAGCGACGAACCCCUACUCUUGAAGACACCACCAUCACCUUCUCCUCUCUCCGACUAUCUGAUGAUGCAACGUACAUCUGUGAAUACGCCACGUUCCCUGCGGGCAACCGAGAGAACACUGUCAACCUCACUGUCUAUGUUCGUCCAACAACUCAGAUGAGUCUGUCCACGCCAACACUGGUGGCUGGCUCAUCCAGUCUGAAAACACCAGUGGCCACCUGCAUCUCUGCUAAUGGAAAACCUCCUGGCACCAUCAGGUGGGAGACGAGGGUGCCGGGAGAAGUGAGCACUCAAGAGUAUAGAAACCCAGAUGGGACAUUCACUGUUCAGAGUGACUACAUUUUGACUCCCAGCAAAGAAACACACAAGGAGACGCUCGCCUGUGUCUCGACCUACAAUGAGGAGGUCUUCACUGACAGUGUCACCCUCGAUAUUCAGUAUGAACCAGAUGUUUCAGUGGAUGGGUUUGAUGGAAACUGGUACCUGAACCGAGAGGACGUCCAGCUGAGUUGCCAAGCUGAUGCCAACCCCGCGGUCUCUCUCUAUCAGUGGAGACUGAUUAAUGGUUCCAUGCCGAGCAAUGUUGAGGUCCGAGACAGCAUCCUUACCUUUAAAGGACCAGUCACAUAUGAUCUACAAGGUAUCUAUGUGUGCGAUGCUACCAACAGCAUCGGGACACGCUCGGCCUCUGUGGAGGUCAGUAUUCUAGACAAGCCACUACCGCAAAUUGCAGCGAGUGAUGUCAUCAGUGUAAUUGCCUUAUUACUGGCCGCUGGAGUGCUCAUGGGCAUUACUAUUACAGUCCUGGUGCUCAAAAUAAGAACUAGAAAAGACGACUCUUCUAAUGAUUCCCCAUCCAGAAAACUGUCCCAGCCCAUAAGGAAAAGACCAGGAGAUGAUAUCCAGCAUUCAGGACGGCUUUAUGAAGAGCUUCCAAACACAGCGGACUAUGUGAGCUACAGACUGGCCUGUAACAAGGAUGACUACCCAGAGCCCUACUCUCCUCCCAUCAACCCUCCUCUCUCAUUUCUCCCCCAGCACCCCUACCACUCGCAACCACCUAUGGUGACCAGCAGCAGCAGCAGCAGCACCACCGUGUCAAAAAACACCUUCUCCCCUCCUUCGCACACUGAAACCAUCUUCAAAUACCCUUCAGUACCAGGCCUGUCUUCUCCUCCCCUGGGUGUGGCAGCAUAUACUUUUCCCAAAGAGCAGUACGUCUGAACUGACAUCAUGUUACAAACUCAAACCACUCCAGUGAGCUCAGAUGAAAUGACCUGAUUGGAAACUGAACCUGAGAGGGGGUUGGAAACAUAUGUUUAACCCUGGACUGUCAGGCAGUGUCUCCACUGUCUGCACCACCGUGGACAGCUGUGGAGGUCAAAGGACAAUACAGCUUUUAUUGCUGGACUUUCUCUCUUUUGGCUUUGGUUACUGUGUUAUGUAAUCUUUGAAUAGAGGAACAUUGUGGAAGCAUGUUUUAAAUGUUUGCCAGCAAUUUUUGGGUUACGUUGUAGGUUACAUGAAGGUCAAAUAAAGAUGAUUUGACUUUGAUUGGAAUAAGAUCAAUUUGAUUGGGAAUUAACUUCAAAGUGAAUGGAUGGGAUCAGCUCUUAAUGUUCGAUACAGCUGAAUCCCUACAUCGUGCUCUCUCGCUCUCCCUAUCUCUCUCUCUCUCUGCACUGAACAAAUUGACAAUCCCUUUACUGAGGAGAAGCUGAACCUUUGGUUUUACCUCCUGUCCUGAUAUAAUAAUUUUCCUAGGCUUGUAUUUUGUAUCAUUUAC